CACCAAUCAUGAGACUCUGCCGGUCGUUCGCACUCGACUUUGGCCAGCUGUUCCAUGUAACGGCCCAAGACUAGACGUGCGAUGGCCCCUGCGUGCAGACUCAGCCUUACACCGCCAGCAUCUUUUGAUCCGCGCCUUUUUUCCCACAGCCGAUGGGUGUGGGCUACAUGGCCCAAAAGCGUUUUAGGCAGCAUCGCCUCCCGACUUCAUCAUGUGGUUGUUGCGUAAAUGAUCCUUUGAAGCACCCAUUGGUACUCUCGAAGAAUUGCCGCAGUUCAAAUAUACGAUGCUUGCUCAUUCGAUACGACUUCUUAACUCCUUUCUGUUCUUAGCAAGCCUACCAUCUUCAUUCUCCUCCCGAUCCUGCGUGAUCAUUACAGAAUAUCUGUGUUUCACGACAUAUUUCCACACCCGUGCGACAGUCCGAUUGCGAACCGCUGAAACAUGACUACCAGUGUCUACUUCACCUACACCUGUCUGCACACCUUGAAGCUUCAGGAUGAGCUUGUGCCAUCAUGGCUUCUCAAGGAUUAUUCCAGCACGGUCGACAUCGAUCCAAACAGUUGGCAAGGUAUCAAUCAUAGUUAUGGGACAAUCGUAGUCGAUGACCUUUGUGCCGUGUGCAAAGAGGAGGCCGCACGCCAACGUCGACGCGAAGCACGCAAGGAACGACGAGAUGGCAGUUGCGGAAACUCAACGACAACAUCGCCAUCGACCGCAUCACAGACGAGCACGGCCUCGGGACAUUGAUGCCUGCAGCCGUCUUCGGGUCCGUGGGUUCCAGCGUACCGAUCUACAAUCGGUCAGGAGAGAAGCGGUGGGAACACAACUUCGUCCUCCCCACCUCUCUCUCCUCCAACCUUCCUCCCGGGACCCAGUGUGCACUGUCUCGGUUACCCGUCAAAAGACCGCUAGCCGACCACAGCGCAGAAUCUUUUGUCCGAUGCGAUUCUUUUCGGAUUUAUGAUCCUUUUGCCACCUGACGUAUAUCCGUUUAAUCGUUCCAAUAUACCCCCAGGAAGCUCAAGCGAUUUUGGUUUUGGGUAUGAUUCACUGCUCAGGUCACGGUUGGAGAUUUUCUCUUUUUUGGGUGGAAAGCUUUUUCGCACGAGUUCAUGUUUUUUUUUAAUAUUUUCUAUUCCUUUUGUUUUCUCUUGCACCAUCAUUGCGGGGAGGCUGCAGUGAUUUCAAAACAUUUCGGGACAUAAGCCAGACCGCGAAUGUAUUGGUGCAGCAACGUGAGAAUCAAACCUGUAAAUGCACAAUUUCCGCUCAAGCAAUCCUGAAAGAAGACGUUCCUGCAUAAGCUCCUGCGCAGAAUGAAUUAUUCUCCGAACUUCUGCACCAUGCACCUUUU